AUGAGCGUGGAUGCACUGGGAAGCCCCGUGAUGGACCCUACGUUUUCCAAACGGAACACGGCGCUGAGAUUAGUUGACUUGGCAGGGGCUCACCACCAUCACCAUCAUCACCACCAUACCCCUCAGAGCGUGACAGGCUUCCCGGGGUUCAGCAGCCAUCCACACUCAAUGGCUCACUCGCACCCUGGGGAGAUUACUGCGGAACCCCGCCUGGGGCCGAGUCCAUUCGGGCCAGAACACAUGGGGCACUCCGCGGCCCUCAAAAUCAGCCCAGCCCAUCAUUAUCCCCACCACCAUCACCACCACCACAAUCAUCAUAUGGCAGGCCACAGUGAAGUGGUCUCCAGUCAAACGGGAGCUUUUGGCCCGGUUCAGGCGACAUCCGUGCCCUAUUCUAUGUCUCACACGGCCCAGGCUCUAUCGGCAGGUAGGGAUUUCCUCAUCCGGAGAGAUCUGACAGCUCAAGCCAUGCCAGUUCUGACUGACCAGACUGCUGGUUCAGCCUCUCACCACGGAAUGUUUGUCUCAACAACAGGUAGCUAUCCCGGACACUAUGGUCACCACACUGACGCUGGGAACCAUACCCUCUUCUCCGGACUCCAUCACGACCAGCCUCCUAACGGAUCACCGGGUGGCCAAGCGUUGAAUGGACAAAUAAGGUUAGGACUACCUGGAGAAAUGUACGUUAGGUCUGAUCACUUGAGUCAAGUGGCAAGCUCCAGGGCUGAUCCGUUCUCCGCCUCGCCGUUGCAUGGCUACGGUGGACUGAAUCUGAACAUGAAUCUGAGCGCUCACCACCACGGAGCCGGUGCGUUUUUCCGCUACAUGAGGCAGCCGAUAAAGCAAGAGCUGAUCUGCAAGUGGCUGGAGCCGGAGCACUCGCCGAAGAAACUUUGCUCCAAAACUUACAGCACCAUGCACGAGCUCGUUACGCAUGUGACGGUGGAGCACGUCGGAGGACCCGAGCAGGCGAACCAUAUCUGUUUUUGGGAAGAGUGUCCGAGGGAAGGCAAACCAUUUAAAGCCAAGUACAAACUUGUAAAUCACAUUCGAGUGCACACCGGGGAGAAACCGUUUCCAUGCCCGUUCCCUGGCUGUGGGAAAGUGUUUGCAAGAUCUGAGAAUCUUAAGAUCCACAAAAGGACGCACACAGGUCAGUCAAUAAAUUUCUAUAUCUGGAAAUGUAGCAGAAAUGUGCUUUUGAGUGAAAUAUAAAUUUAUAAUUCUGCAGCUUUAAUUCCACUUAAAGCUUUUGCAUGAUGUCCAACAAAAGUCAUGGAAUAGUUUGCAAAAUUUGCAGCUUAUUUUUGAGAGCUUUUGUUUUACUUCACCUGUUUUUUUGCAUCUAAAAUCCCCUCAAUCAGUCGGUGCUGUGCGCAGCAGCCACUGCAUGGCCACCUGUUUGUUGUGAGUUGCAGCAGCACAUUCGUAAGUUUUAGAAAAGGUCGAGCUUCAAUGGGGAUCAUGGUACAGUUCAGUCAAGCGUUUGGCGGUUCGAGCUCUUGUUUUCAACACAGCACAAAAAAAACGAGGCCCUCGUCAGGUUAUGCACGUUAUCUUUUAUUGAGCGAGGGAGAAACCGGUAGCAAAGUUGGAAAGAUGCAUGGCAGUCAUGCUUUGGUUUUCUUGCAUUUUGUCUCUUCCUGCUACUUGUUGCUAUGGUUAUCUGUCAGUGGACGUGUCUUCACUGGAAUUAGUUAUAAUUUAAAAAGAAAUAGAAUAAUUUGUUGCAAUGUAACAUCCAAAGCCACAGCAAAGCUACCUUGUUAUUUUACACUUUUACUAAACAGCUUGUUUUUGUUAUUUUACAGUAGAUUAAUACGACACAUUUGUAUUGCAUUAUUAUAUAGAUGCAUUUGCAGUGAUUGGCCUCAAAGCAACAGGUUCACAAGUGCACACAGGCUAGAAUAAUUUACCAACAGGUUGGCAGGGCAGCCUCUCUCUGUAUAAUGACUGAUGUGUGUACAAUGCGCCUCUGAUUUACCUUUAAAACAUAUAAUGGCACAAUAUGGCUGCUAGCCUCUGUGGCCCAGUGACGUGGAGCUUUGCUGAGGAGGCAGGAGGAAAAAAAAGGGGGCCUCAAAAUGUCGAGUCACACUUGUAAAUGAACACAAUGAUUACGUUCCUUUAACUGUGGUGGCUUCAUGGCACACUCCCCCCUCUGCUCCAUUUCUGCGCCCUAUGUAUUAUUCAUAUCAUUUGCUCACAUUACCUAAGUACAAAUCUGUUAAAUUAUUUCUGUGUGUUGGCUCCCAAGGGGCCUGCUCUUUGGUAUCAUGUUUAAAACCUAUCCGAAAGUGUGCUUAUGACUGGGGCUGCCCCUGGGGUCUGUUCCUCGACGCUUUCUUGUACUACACUAAUAUCCCUGAUUGGCUCUCUCAACCCAACAGCUGAAGGUCAAAUUGAUAUUCAACCCGCAAGUGUAAUUAGACAGAGGCAAUUACGUAUUCUCAAAAGCUUUAAUCGGAGGAGAAAAAUCAGCACUGGAUGAUUUCCGUGUAAUUUAUUCAGAUUGUCUUUUUUUUUCUUUUUGCCUUGUCAUAAUCAGGUAGAAAUACUUGUUAUUGAGGCGCAGAGUGAGACGCGUUUUCAGGCUUCAGAUAGCAGACAGGCUGCGUUAAGGCGCACAGUAGGUGCAGCCUGGCUACUUUCAUUUAUCAUUAUUUACAGUUGGUUUUAGGCCCUGCUAUGUCUUUGCUCGCAGCUUGUCUGUUUUGACGUAUGCCUUGAUGCAUGCAGACGCCAGGUAUAGACUCAGGACAGUAGGGGUUCAGGCCUCCUGUUUACACCACACUGAGGCGCGUGGCAGGUCUGUCCAAACAGGCAAACUUUUGAGAGUGCAAGCAGAGGGGAAAGUGUGUAUCCUGUCACCAACAAAAAUAAAGACCUUCGGUGGGAAAAAUAUACUCAGUUAAAUUUGGUUUAGCUGUAGCUUAUGUAUUUAGGAUUGAAAAUGUAUUUUAGUCAUAGAAUAAACUCUUGGAUAUAGUUGACAUAGCUAUUUUGAAGGCUGCAAAGUGGGAGUAACAACUUUGACAAUAGUUUUUGAAAAUUGCAGAAUUUUUUAAGCGUAAUAAAAAAAUCUGAACUUUUCAGGUUUUAAGGUUGCUUUUGAUGCAAAGUAAACCCAGACAAACUCUUUAAAAAAAUCAAAACAGUAUCAAAAUGGCAUGUGCUGAGGGAUAAAGGUCAUAUAUUCUCUAUGGAGCAUUGUGUUGACUUCUGUUUUAUUGUGUCAUCAUCCAUGUUAACAGGUGAGAAGCCCUUCAAAUGUGAGUUUGACGGCUGUGACAGACGCUUCGCCAACAGCAGCGACCGGAAAAAGCACUCCCACGUCCACACCAGCGAUAAGCCCUACAACUGCAAAGUGCGAGGCUGCGAUAAGUCCUACACACACCCCAGCUCCCUGAGGAAACACAUGAAGGUGCACUGCAAGUCCCCCCCGCCCAGCUCAGGCUAUGAGUCCUCCACCCCGUCCCUGGUCUCCCCCUCCUCAGACUUGGGCCGAGAGCCAGGGGCCUCCUCGGUGCUGUCGGAGCCGGUGGGAGCUUCUUCCCAGCCCGCCAAUUUAAGUGAAUGGUACGUGUGCCACAGCUCAGGUGCGAGCGGAGCUCAGACACCGCCCAGUGGGCCCUCCACACCAGACCCAGCGGACGAGCCACCCUACAGAAACCCAGAACCGAGGGACGCGUUUUAA